AUGCCAAGCCCAGAGGCUUCAUCAGGGAUAGCCCGCAGUCACCAAGCUUCUGGAUCAUCGUCAUCGUCGGCGCAAGCCCCGUCCAUAGUGACCCUCGCCAAAUUACACACCCUGUCUGGUAUGGAAUUGAAAUGGUUCACACCGCCCUCCACCUGGGUUGUCGUCCAUCAUUACCACCCGCCUGGUCCUCUACCAUCACCGCAAGUCUUUACAGAAUUCUUCCGCGGACUUCAGAGAUGGCUUGUCCGCUUCCAGAGAGAGGGGCACAACCCAUUCAUCCACCGCCAGCUGUACCCGCCGCGAGAAAUACCAGACUGUAUUCAAGAUGCCUAUGCUGCCAUUGCAGUCUCAAUUGGGAUCUCUACUGAAAAUCAAAACAUGACUGAUAGUACAACGAUAUCAUAUGCUGAAAAACUAAUCGCCCAACAAGCUACCUUGGUCCGCCAGCCCCUCAACAUAAUGACAGCCAAGGACCACUUGGCCCGCACCCAGGCCCUCCUCAUCCACCUCAUUCUCGCCCUCUCAUCGGCUUCAAUAUCCCGUCAGGCUAAGGCCAAUGGCUGGAUAGAAACUCUCCACCGCUGGAAAACCGAGCUGUUAGCGUCGGCUGAGCAGGAGUCCAGCCUCGCGCAGCUGUUCCCUUGCGAACCUGCUCUUGCCCUAGAUGGUGCCGGAUCGGAUACCGAUCCCAUCCCGGACCUUCAUCGGGCCUUUCUUAUCUGCGAAUCAAUCCGCCGGACGUGGCUAUUAUGUUUGGUGUCUACAGGAAUGUACCGCAGCCUCAAAGGAGACUGGAUCAAUGCCUGUGGCGGCGACAUCUGCUUCACGGCCCGUGCCAGCCUCUGGAGUGCUGCCUCAUCCGCCGCCUGGGCAAGUAUUGCCAGAACGACGGAUCCAUUAUUCGAGUACAGUCUUAGCGGAGAGGAAGUAGCAAAGCGAGGGAUCCCUGCUAUGGAAGUUGACGAGUUCGCCCGUCACAUAUUUACGCUCAAUUGA